CAAAUGUAUGACUGAGCACGGCGGAGAGCCCCUGUGCGGACGUCUGACGGACCUGCUUCUUAUCUCUCUACACGCAUUUUUCCCGCAGCGUUCCUUGCCUAACCUGUUUUUCCACUCCUUCACUUCCCUCAGAAGACGGAGAUACCGGAAGUGACCGUGCGUAAAGGCGUUUUUCUGGUUAUUGCAGGAGAUUUAGUGGAGCGGGACAAACGAGGAGCGGGCGCCCGACAUGAACGGCUUUGUUGUGUCGGUGCUGCUGCUCUGCGCAGCAACAGGUGUGAGUGGAUUCUCUGUCUCUUCCAGUAACACAAAUGUGCAGGUGAAGGAGGAUCAAGAGGCAGACCUGACCUGCUCUUACACGGCAGACUUCGGUCCAAAUGUCAGGCUUGAGUGGAAGUUUAAAGACGACAAAGGAUCCCAAGCAUACGUGUAUUAUGGUGGGAAACCAACCGAGCCCUAUGCCAGUCGUGUGUCUAUUUAUGGUCAGGCUAAUAUGAGACUUUCCAAAGUGACCCGUACCGAUAAUGGCACAUAUAAAUGUGAGGUGUCCGGCAACCAACAGUUUGGGGAAAUCUCUGUUUCGCUGACUGUUCUGGUGCCCCCUUCUGUGCCCAUGUGUAAAAUCCCAACAUCUGUGACGACCGGUAAGGCGGCCAUAUUGUUCUGUCACGAUCCGGUUGGGUCCCCAGCUCCUACGUAUCAGUGGUACAAAGACAAAACCCUUCUUCCUGCUGACCCCACCAAGAAUUCUAACUUUAGGAACGCCACCUAUAGGCUUGAUCAAGCAAAGGGCACACUGGAAUUUCUCCGAGCUUCCCUGACAGAUGCCGGUGAAUAUUACUGUGAGGCUACCAACAGCGCUGGUCCUGCACAAAGUUGUCGGGCUGUGAAAAUGGAAGUUCGUGACUUGAACACUGGAGGUAUUGUUGCAGGAGUGCUAGUGGCCCUGCUGCUUUUGGUGUUGCUGAUAGUUGCUGUUUGGUUUGCCAAAAAGAAAGGAUAUCUGGAUAACUUGACUGAAAGCUUCACAAACAAACCAAAGCCCAGCUCGGUCUACCACACUGCUGCAUCCAAUGAUGAAGCUGAUGAUGGGGAAUUCAAGCAGAAGUCAUCAUUUGUGGUGUAGGCAGCCAACUGCUGGCAUUGAACGCUGGCUUAAACGGCCUUCACCUGACUUUUUUUUUUUUCAGUCUCAUGUCCUUAACUUUUACUCCACUUUGAUUUAUUUUUCUUUCAUGUGUUUUUAUUUUUAAACCACUCCCACUGGUUUGAGUCACGUUUUUUUUCUUUUGAGGAAAAAGAACAAGAUUUGUUUUUAUUACUUCAACACUUUCUUUGUAAGGGUUAUAGUUAAGGGAGCCUUAGUUUCUAGUCCCCCACUUUCUAAUGCCCAGGGGGCUUCUACAUGUAUGUGAAGAUGUUUUUAAGUUAUUUUAUUUCUGAUUAAUCAUUUUAAGAACCUAAAUCAUUUGUACCAAUACACGAAAAAACUCAUAAAUUUGAGAAAAGUAAUAAGUCUUAAUCUUUCUUUUUUAAUAGCAAUUUGGCCACUCAUGCAUCAUGAAAUAUUUUUCAACAGCCUUAUAUUUUGUCUUAACAAUGUUCCCAGAUCUAUUUAUUGACAUUAUUUUUGCUAACGAGACUAAAAUAACAUUAAUUCCAAUUUUUUUUAAUCCAUUUCAGAGUGCAUUACUGUAAGCUAUAAAACUAAAAUUUAUAUUCAUUUUUCUACAUUAAAAAUGGAAAUUGCACAGUGUAUGAUGAACAAAUCAGAACUGUUAAAAAAAAAAAAAAAACGGGUUUUCUGCAGUUUGAUGCCAAUUGAACAGCAGGUUCUAAACCAUGAACAAUCAAUUGCACAAAACUUGAAUAACAAGGAAAAACUUAUGGCAUAAAGAAAUGUUUGUUACUAUGAAAAUUACUGCUUUUCCACACAUGAGAAGCAAGACACAACAAUUGAUUUCCUUGUCAUUUGAAUUUUACUUAAAUUAAACAUUGGUUUGGAGGUGACAAAGACAAUUUUAAAAACUAAUAAUGAUUUGGAUUUAAUAUACAUUUCUGCUAAGUUAGCAUUAGGACCAUUUGAGAGUGGGGAUUUAAUAGUGAAAUACAAGCAGUUGUUAAAUAUUUGGUCAAAACUUAGAGUAAACCUCUGUAAGUUAUAACUUCAGUAGUUUAGGCUUAAAAGUAUCGCAUGCAAGUUAAUUGUUGCACGCUAAAAUUUUAAUGCAUAACAUUAUUUUGUAUUUACGCCUAACUAAUAGUUGCUUACAAGGAGGACUUUUGCUUGCACUCUAAUGCAUAGAAUACACAUUUUUAAAAUGUUUUUUUUUUUUUAAAUAUCUUCAUCACUGGUGUACAUUAUCCAACAUUGCACAUUUUCUUUUUUAAUGAAACUUUACUGCUUUUUUCAGGAUUUUUAGCGGAUCUUAACUUUAGCUAUCUUGCCUAACUUUAGAACUUUAAAAAGUUUUUUUUUUCUGAAGAUGAAAAUUUAUCUUUUGUCGUUUCUACACGAACCUUUGUGACUUAAAUAUCUACAUGUAGAGGUUUUAGAUUUUAUCUGAAAAACUUGUUUGUUUGUCUUGCUGUGUUCAAAUUCUCAGGUUUUUGCAUAGAGUACUUUAAAGUAGUCUGACAGUACAUGUCAUGUGUGAUAUUUGAUGUUUAAAUGUAGAAACAAAUUUUCUACAUAGUUUUUCCUAUAAAUAAAAGUUGAACCUGGUUGUAACUUUUACUGUAUAUAGCAACACAAAUAUAAUAAACAUGCUGGAAUACUGCAGU